UCUGAAGUGUUUUAUACCGUUUGAAUUGAAUCUGAAAAGUAAUGUAUUUUUCCACGCCUGCUUAAGCCUUCGAAACUCCUAAUACCCCUGACCCCUGAUACUUAUUUUGUUUGCUCAGAUUGAAUCCUCGAACAAGUGUUAUUUUGUCAUCGUGUUGUAAUAUAAUCUUAGUUCAAAAAUAUAUAAAUCAUGCUCACAAAAAUAUAUGCGUGUGCACAUGUACAUAUGCACAUAUGGGUAAAACUUUCGAGCCUGGUGACACAGUAUCAGCUAAACCUAAUCAGUUGCCCGUCCAGCCUCGGCGGGGCCAGCUCUGCCGCACUUGAAGACGACGGUAGCUCCCACUCCCACAUUCUUUAACCUUAACCCCAUAAUAAAGUCAACUAUUUUUAGGCCAUAACCAUCAGUUUGUACCCUGUACAGUACAGCACUCGUUUGUUGAAGAGCAUUGUUACUGCUACAAGAGUAGUAGAGUAGCUAUAGGAAGGCUACGUAGUGCGUUGCGAAGAUGGGCGCGAAAUCAAGCACGAUCACGCAAGGUGCCGGAGCGAGUGGUCAGUCACCUGCAGAUCCUAGUGAGACUAUGCAGAGCUUUUCAACAUUGCGCUCGUUGCCUAGUGGUGUGAGUAUGUUGCAGCAUCCUAGUGAGACCCAAGUAGAUAGCCGGAUUGGUUCUGACAGCAGGCAACGAGCACGUUCUCUCAGCUCUGUACCUGACCUUCCGCCUGAGCAGGCUGGCCUUGGAGCCACUGUUGGUGUAAGUCAUGUUCUUGGACUUCCCCAGCUUGAUCCGGAUGACCUCGAAAAUGACAGUAGUAGAGUCUAUGCCACGAACAGCUUACCUUCCCACAUUUGGUCUCUCAAUGGUUUGAAGUGUCCAGUUUGUUCUAAAUUUAUUUUACCGGAGGACAUUGAAUGUCACCUUAUAAUGUGUUUAACUAAGCCACGUUUAAGCUAUAAUGAGGAUGUUCUGUUAGACGAAAAAGGUGAAUGCGUUAUUUGCUUAGAGGAUCUGCAACCUGGUAACUUGAUAGCCCGCCUGCCUUGCCUCUGCAUAUACCAUAAAAACUGUAUCGACAAGUGGUUCCAGGUAAAUCGAAGUUGUCCAGAACAUCCUGGCGAUUGAUGUCAGUUGGAUUCUUGAAAAAGCAGUGAGACUUGAAACAAUUUAUUAUGUGAUUCGUGAGGUGCCUGUAGAAACUUCAACAGUAAUAAUUGCAGUGUUAACAACAUCAGCAAACUACGUCAAGGAAAAAGAAAAUUAACCAGGAGAAAAAAAUUACAGGUUACAAAAAAUAAGCUAGUCAAAAGGUGGCUACUAGUCGGUGAUUUUCUGAUUUUUUGAGUUACGUAAUAAAAGUGCUGUGUGACA